CUAGAUCUUAUUUUAAAUCAAAUGGAUUUUCUUUGAACCUCAGAUUUUUGUUCAAGCUCCAAACAAAAGUACUACUGCCAGAGUCAUUGUGCAUUUAUCUGAACCUACUGUAAAAGAUCAACCCACGAUGAAUGAAGUCUCAAACCUUUGAUUAGUGCAGAUAGUUUGAAGGACCAGAUUUUCCAAUUUAAAAAAUUGAUUGACACUCUUCAGAAAGAUUUUAAUGAUUUCAACCUUCAAGAAUACUUUCCAGAGUUUCAGGAAACCAUUGAGAAAUAUAAGGACUCUUUUGUAAAAAUUAGAGAUUUGACGAUUCAAACCAUUGAAGAUAAAAAAGUCUUGAAACUCGAAAAUUGAAAGAUCCAUUUAGAUAAAAUCGUAAUUGAUUUGAGAAAGGAAAGAACGAUAGCUAGAGUCAUGAGUUACCUAUACGAAUUAAAUGUAUUUAAUAGUAAAGGUAGUGAUACUGACACCAUUACAACAACAAGUCAAUCAACUUUGAAAUAAUAAAACUUGAGCAUCAGAAGAGAACUCAGAUAAACCUAUCAAGCCUGUAAUUACCGAUGAAGAAACUAAGGAAAUUGUUGAGAUUGUUGGCUCUCAAUCUAUAAGUGACCUAAGAUCUAAAUAUUCCCCAAAAGAACAUCCAAAGAAACAUUUGUCUGAUAUUUCACUGAAUUUAUCUCAACAAGAUGAUGUUGAUUUUAUGAAAGAAUUUAUCAAAAAGAAGAAAACGAUUGACGUUGAAAAAUAUACCUUUAAACUUCCAGAAAACUAUGACGACGAAAGAAUAACCAGAGACUUCAUUGACACAUGAGUGAAUCCCAAAGCAUGCAAGGAGAUUGAGCUCACAAAUGAUUAUAUAUACGACUUGCUUUGAUUUUUACCAUAUGAAAGCUGAAUUAGCAAAAUAAUGGAAGCAGGGGAUUUCAGAUUACAUUUGCAUAAUUUCGAACUUGACGAGAGUACACUUCAGAAAUUUGCAACAAAAGUGGAGAACAAAAAUAUUGUGAUAGAUCUUGAUGACUGCUGGCUUAAAUACUGGGAUUGUAAAAAGCCUGAGAAGAUAACUUGGCAUAAUGAAAAGCAGUGGAAACUAAAUUCUGUUAAAUACCUAGAAAAUCGAUUUGAUUAG